AGGAUGGCAGAUGCAGGGCUGAGGGCCCAGGGCGGCGGUGCUGGCGGCACACAGGGCAAGAAGGCCGGGCUGGAGCAGCGCUGCCGGGAGCUGCGCGACCUCGUCGCCCUGCAAGCCAAAGGCUUGCAGAUUUUCUCGCAGUCGUGUGAGGAGAAGCUCCGGCAGAACAGACAGCUGCUGCCCAGCCUGCAGCAGGCGCUGCAGGAGGAUGCCCGUGUCCUGGAUUUUGUGCUGAAGUACAACAGGCUCCCUGCGAACGAUGCCUUCGAAGCGGGGAAAACAGCUGCUGCGGCCACUGAGAGCCUGGAGGCAGCCCAGAAGAGGCUGGAGGCAGAGGUCCAUGACCAGGUGAAGGUAUUAGACAUGCUGGACCACCAGGUGAAGCUGUGGACCAAGGCCCGGGACGAUCGCCAGAGGUACCUGCAGCAGCUCAAGGAUGCUGAGGUGGAUGAUAAGCUGCAGCAGCCACAGUUUCAGGCCAUUCGCCAGCUGGGCAACGAACUGGAGAAGAUGAACAUGAAAAUUCAGGCUGGCGAGAGGGUGACCAACAUGUACCUGCAGGUGCAGGACAUCCUGAAGAAGGAGCUGUUCUACCUGCCUCGACACCUGGACCUCAUGAGUGGCACAAGUGCCAUGUUCCAUGAGGAGCUCACAGCCCAGCAAAACCUGAAAGCUGGUGAUGUCAUCAAGAAACUCACGGCUGAGACAGGACGCCAGGUCCCCCUGGAGAGGUCCCUGAGGGAGCAGACCCUGCUGGAGCAGAGGGAGAAGAUCGAGAAGCUCGAGCAAGAGGUAGAGACGGAAAGGCAGCUGAGAGAGCAAGCAGCGUCCAUGCUGUCCGCAGAGCAAGCCCAGAGCUCCUCGGAUGCCACGGGGGGGGCCGACACGGAGGCUGCCCGGACUGAGAUGGAGCGCGAGGCCUUUCUCAACAACGUGCUGGAGAAGGCCAGGGCUGCCCUGCAGUGCUGCAGCAUCUGGGACAUCCCGGGCAGCCUCGUGGCACAGUCCAAGUCCCUGGAGGAGCUGGAGCAGUAUGUGCAGAAGUGCGAGGAGGAGGGGAAGGUGCUGAGUCAGACCCUGAAGGAGCUGGAGAUGAAGCGGGCGGAGCUGAAGGCUCAGGAUCCUCUCAGCACAGCCAGGCUGCGGGUGGAGGAGCUGAGGGCGAAGCUGCAGGAGGUGGAGGCCCGGCGGGACCAGCGGCGGGCAGAGAUGAUGAGGAACCAGGAGCAGCUGAUCGAGUUUGAGAACGCCAUCGACAACCUGGUCGUCCGCCUGCGCGGCAUCACCAUCCCCGGCCAGGAAGAGUCUGCCCGGCCCGUGGGGGUGGAGGAGAAGCUCCGGGUGGUUGAGGAGAAGAUGCGGUACCUGAAGCAGAGGGUGUCUGAGCGCCCCCCCAGCGCCAGGACCUACGACAAGGACAGUGAGACUUUUGCCAAGGUCCGAGACCUCCUGGAGAAAUCAGUUGCGGCUGAGACACGGAACCUGAAGAUCUCCUUUGAGGACACUGCACCCCCCAUCUCCUUGGAUUUGGAGGAGGAAGAGCACGACUACGUCCCGAGCCGUGAGGACAUCAAGAAGGAGGGGCUGCAGCUGAUCCGAAUGAACACCAAAGGCCGCAAAAAGAAGUAG